UCGGAUGGUUGAAGGUGGGUGUGCUCUAUUUCUAAAACCAACCGUUUCCAGCCGAUGGACUGUGUGGAAAGAGGGCAUUCGGUUAGUGACUUCGAGGGACAGUACCACUCUUCUAUUCGAACUAAAAAUGAAAAUGUUUUGCCACUGUUAUCAGACACUUGACGCAAACUAUUUAGUUAUCUGAUAAGGGUAACCAUACAGCUUAAAGUUUACAGAAGUAAAGCAGCCACAGCAGCAUGAAGAACACUGGAAAACUGAAGGGAAAAACUGUGUUCAUCACCGGCGCCUCCCGUGGAAUCGGCAAGGCCAUCGCCCUGAAGGCUGCCCGCGAUGGUGCCAAUAUAGUCAUCGCAGCCAAGACAUCCGAGGCGCAUUCCAAGCUGCCCGGAACUAUAUACACGGCCGCGGAGGAGAUUGAGCGGGCUGGGGGUCGGGCGCUUCCCUGCAUCGUUGACGUGCGCGACGAGCGGCAGGUGCAGAAGGCCGUGGAAGCAGCGGUGGCCAAGUUUGGGGGCAUCGACAUCGUGGUUAACAACGCCAGCGCCAUAUCCAUUACAGGCACCCUUGGCACUGAAAUGAAGCGCUACGAUCUUAUGCAGACAGUCAACGCUAGGGGAACAUUCCUAGUUUCAAAGACUUGCUUGCCUUAUCUGCUGCUCAGCGAAAACCCUCAUAUUUUAAACCUUGCCCCUCCACUGAACUUGAGUCCCAAAUGGUUCGCCAACCACACCGCCUACACCAUAGCAAAAUACGGCAUGUCCAUGUGUGUACUGGGCAUGGCGGAGGAAUUUCGUUCCCAGGGCGUGGCUGUAAACGCGCUCUGGCCCCGCACCACGAUUCACACGGCGGCCGUCGAAAUGCUCAGCGGACCCGAGGGCGCUUUGUACUCUCGGAAGCCCGAGAUAAUGGCCGACGCGGCCUACGCAAUAUUUUGCCGUGACUCCAGGGAAUACACUGGUAACUUCUUUCUGGACGACGAGGUCCUGCUGGACGUAGGCGUGAAAGAUCUUGCCAAGUAUGCAUGCUACCCGGAAAAUAUACACCAAUUGGCUACGGAUAUUUUCCUUGAUGAAGCUGAUCUUUCAGCCAAACUGUAAAGACAUCAACUUGAAUAUAUACCUAUGUUAAUUUAAAUGGAUUUUUUUCAUGUUCAACUUGAAAAUAGAGAAAAAAUUGUUUUAAUCAG